UAAUGAGCUUCGUCAAACUUAAAAGAGCUCUUAGUGCGUCAUGUACUUGCCGUUACCGGUAUUCCUGGUGUGUCUGGGCUCUAGGAUUUGUGGCACUAUCCACUGCGGUCGUCCUUUCCUCCCAUCUCCAUCGUAAGCCAUUUGAAAGCGCUUUAUACCUAAUUGUUGUCGCUGUACUACCUCCUAUUCUUAUCAUUUCAUAUGCAUAUCUGGCUGAAUGUGAGCUGAUCGGAGCGUCAGGAAGGCUCUCACGAGCAUCGACUCUCAACGCCUCGGCUCGUAGAGAAUACUCGAAGCAAUGGAAGAUCUGGUCCUCUGGGCAUACUAAGUGUGUCUCAAUAGCGUCCCUUUCUCGUGAACAUGCGGAGAAGGGUGAGUGCUGUAGCAUAUGUCUGGCCGAGUUCGAGGUGGACGAUACCGUCAGAGAGCUGCCCUGUCGUCAUAUUCUGCACGAGCAGUGUUUUCAACACUUUUUUUAUGGUCACUUUCCUCUGGGUGCCAAAAAGCAACAUGAAUGUCCGCUUUGUCGUGAGCCGUUGGGUCCGUUUUUGGACUGCAGCUUGUGAUAAUCGAUAAACCCUGGGUCUGAUGACCUUAUAGUCACCCAUUGCUGUUUUGGCGGUCUCUCCUGUACCAUGCCGUGUAUCAUGAUUAUUAUGAUGGUCGUUAUGAAUUUCUUAGUGAGUUGAAUUUCGUGGCUGUUUUCAUGCAGCCGUCCAAUAAUUUCUCGUCAUUUUGAGUCGUCGAGAUGCAGCAAUUCGUGAUUAUUAUAGCUCUCGCUCGUCUCGUGACUCAAUGGUCUUAGCCU